UCGCCUCUGCACAGCAUGGAGUUCUCUUUCUCCAGACGUGACAUAGUGAGGCCACUGAAACAGCCCACCAGAUUGAUCCAAAGGACCACAGAGCAGACCGUGUUAGCUUCUUGGAGUCAUCUGCAGGACCAGUUUGACAAUUUAGAAAAACACACGCAAUGGGGUAUUGAUGUUCUGGAAAAAUACAUCAAGUUUGUAAAAGAAAGAACAGAGAUUGAACUCAGCUAUGCAAAGCAGCUUAGGAACCUUUCGAAGAAAUAUCAACCCAAAAAGAACUCCAAAGAAGAGGAAGAGUACAGGUACACAUCAACUAAAGCCUUCCUAGCCACUUUAAAUGAAAUGAAUGACUAUGCCGGACAGCAUGAGGUCAUUUCAGAGAACAUGACCUCUCUUAUCACUGGAGAGUUAACACGCUAUGUGCAGGAGCUGAAACAAGAGAGGAAAUCGCACUUCCACGAUGGCAGAAAGGCACAACAGCACAUUGAAACUUGCUGGAAACAACUUGAAGCCAGUAAAAGGCGGUUUGAACGUGACUGCAAAGAAGCUGAUCGAGCACAGCAGUAUUUUGAGAAAAUGGAUGCUGACAUCAAUGUUACAAAAGCAGAUGUUGAAAAGGCGAGACAGCAAGCCCAGCUGCGACAUCAAAUGGCAGAAGACAGCAAAGCAGAAUAUUGUUCCACUCUACAGAAGUUCAACAGCGAGCAGCAUGAUCAUUACUACACACACAUACCAAACAUCUUCCAGAAAAUACAAGAGAUGGAGGAAAGAAGAAUUGUGAGGAUAGGUGAAUCCAUGAAAACUUUCGCAGACGUCGACCGCCAGGUGAUCCCUAUCAUUGGAAAGUGUCUGGAUGAAAUUACAAAAGCUGCAGAAUCAAUUGAUCACAAGAACGAUUCACAAAUGGUAAUAGAAGCCUUUAAAUCGGGGUUCGAGCCUCCAGGAGAUGUGGACUUUGAGGACUUCACUCAGCCCAUGAAACGGACUGUCUCCGAAUCCAGCCUUUCAAACUCCAGAGGGGAUGGGAAGUCGGAGCCGAAGUUUGGUGGCAAGUCCAAGGGCAAGUUAUGGCCAUUCAUCAAGAAAAAUAAGUCUCCCAAGCAGCAAAAGGAACCCCUCUCCCAUCGCUUCAACGAGUUCAUGACCUCCAAACCCAAAAUCCACUGCUUCAGGAGCCUAAAGCGCGGGCUUUCUCUCAAGCUGGGAGCUGGGCCAGAAGACUUCAGCAAUCUCCCACCUGAGCAAAGAAGAAAGAAGCUUCAGCAGAAAGUCGAUGAACUAAACAGAGACAUUCAGAAGGAAAUGGAUCAAAGAGAUGCCUUAACAAAAAUGAAAGACGUGUAUAUCAAGAACCCACAGAUGGGAGAUCCAGCAAGUGUGGACCACAGAUUAGCAGAACUCGGACAGAACAUUGAAAAGCUACGAUUAGAAGUUCAGAAAUUUGAGGGCUGGCUGGCCGAGGUGGAGGGCAGGCUGCCCAUGCGGACUGAACAGGCCCGACGGCAGAGCGGGCUGUAUGAAGCCCAGAACACCUCAGCAGUAAACAGCUGCGCACAGGACCGGGAGAGCCCAGAUGGCAGUUACACAGAAGAGCAAAGUCAGGAGACUGAGAUGAAAGUACCUGCAACGGAUUUUGAUGAUGAAUUUGAUGAUGAAGAACCACUACCAACCAUAGGAACAUGUAAAGCGCUCUAUACGUUUGAAGGUCAGAAUGAAGGAACAAUUUCUGUAGCAGAAGGAGAAAUGCUCUAUGUAAUAGAAGAAGACAAAGGUGAUGGGUGGACGCGAAUCCGAAGGAAUGAAGAUGAGGAGGGCUACGUCCCCACGUCGUAUGUUGAAGUCUAUUUGGACAAAAAUGCCAAAGGUGCUAUGACUUAUAUUUAAUACCAUUAUUAUUAUUACUUUAUUUGCUUUCACAGAGAUACCCAACCCUGCAACUGCUCUGCGUUGCAGAGAGGGCCUUUUAAAAGUCUGUACAAUGCCACAAAGUGCAUUAUUUUGUACGUGGACUAAUACCGUGUGCUGUACGCAAAACAUGCUUUUUAUUGAUCAGAGGAGGAUAGUGUGGUAGAGGGAAAAUGCAGCCUUUCCUAGUAGGUGCUUAUUCAACUGUCACUGCCAUUGCACACCCAACUUAGUGCAGGAAACAGCCGUUUGGAAUGAUUAUUGGCUUUCCUUAGAUAUCCAGGGGGCAUCUCAGAGGUAUUCACAAGUCAAUUGUUCCAAACUGGUUCAGUGAACCGUUACAUAGGAAAUAUUUAGCUGCUGUUUUGUAUCUCAGUGUUGUAGCUUUUCAGAGCUUAAUGAGUUCUGGGGACCUUUUGAAUUGAAAGCUGUUCAUCAUUUAGUUAGCCUCCUUGGAAGAGGAAGGAGAGAUCUUGCCAGGUGUCUACACGGCACUGUGUCAUCCUUAAAUCAUUGACAUUAAGGAAGAUCCUCUAUUCUUUUCCAUCUUAAUACAUUUCAGAAAAUGGUCUUUUGGAUGUAUUUGCUAUUUCAGAUGAAAUACGGUUAUUUCAGAUGACCCAUAAGAAAUGGCUUCAUCUUUUGCUCACACACAAUCAAUGGAGACAUGCUGAGUUUAGACUGGGCUAUCGUCUGUUUCCUUUUUUGCUUUUGACUCCUCACAAAUAGAUGUUUUGUGUAAGCAAGCAGAGCGGACAGGGAAAUACUGGCUAGAACACAUGCUAACAUGUAAACGCCUGGUAAUAUAAUACACAAAUUAUUUUAAUCCUGUUCCAAAACAGGACAUUUGUUCCAAAACAGUUAUUUUUUUUAGUCAUUUAACCCUUCAGAUUAUUGUGUGUCCUAGCCCUUGAAGUUCUGGGUGUGAAGCAAGGUGCCUCCUCCAAUUUAAAAGAAAGUUGAACCAUUCUUACAGGGGAUUGCAGACAGUUGGGAGAGAGUAGAGCUCUCUCUGUAAACAAGCACUAUAACUUGAUUAGUUCGCUGUUCCUGGAUUCAGUAUUAAACAGCGCAGUGCCUUGUCUGCUGCAGAUGAAUGUCGGGGGUCUUGUAUUUUGCCAUCAUACAGUAGUUUUGUUUGUGUUGGCAAAGUACAGAGUCAGUUGAGAUGCAAAAGAGCGCAGAAAGCUGAGCGCCCCUCUGUCUGCUUUUGUUAACCUUUGAAAGACGGCUGUGGAUCGUACGUUUUCCUUCAUGUUCAGAACAAGACAGCACAGAAUGAGAGGCCCCUUCUUAUAAUUCCAUGUUUUCUCCUUUGGAGAUUGACUGCUCUGUGUAUGGCAGUAGUUGAAAGCCACAUUAUUAUUUUGCUGGAGAAAUUUGCUUUCAGCAGAGUAGGCUGCUUGAAACAGCUAAGCUAGUAUGGCAUUUAAAUUUGUCCCAAGGAACGAACAUGGCUCUCCUGCCCAAGAUACGUGGUGUGGUUCACAUCAGAGGGCAGGUACAGCAAAUCACCUACUUAUGAGCAGAGCAGUGGGUUGGAUAGGAAAUGAAACAAAGCAUCUCUCUGGGUAGGGUGACAAAUUCUGGCACAGUCCUGUUAACUGGAGCAGUGAAACUUUUCUUUAACUUACCCUCCUGAAAAAAGAAUAUUGCAGGAGCAUUACAAUACCAGCCAGAAGAUAAUGUUAGUCUGUUAAUGGUAUAAUGCAAAUUACAGCAUGAAGCUGAAAGGUCCUAAACAGGCAGUCUGUGCUGGGGGGUAGGUGAGUGCUGCUACCAUUGCAGUCACUUCUGCAGCAACAGUGGGGGCAUUCCUGAUCCCUUAAGUUUUUCCAUUAAUUUUGCUGGACUUUAAGAACAAAAUCAACUGGAUGUGUGAAUAUCUGAUGUAAGUUAACUAUAAUAUUUACAUCUUUUUUCUCAAAUCUCUGCUGAAAAAUUUAAAUUCCCAAAAAAUGUCACAGUAGCAG